UCUCCCUAUGCCUAGAUAAAAAUUCGUMGUUGACAAUUCUCCAAGCACGGAGUAUCUCAGUGUUAGCUUGUCUUCUUGCAACUCCUCCGACAUGAACUUUCAAGUUUUGUGUUUGUACCUUUUCUCUUUGCUUCUCCAAAAUUCCCUAAGUAUCAAGGUCGUUCGGGUGAUCCCUGAAAGUGAUGCUCAAAAAAAAGUAAUUGAUUACAUCGAGAACGCCAGAGAUCUCAAGAUCGAAUUUUGGAAGCAUCCAAAUGGCAUCGGGAGUCCAGUGGACAUGGAAGUCCCAGACCAGGAUUACAGCACCUUUGUUAGCCUGAUGAAGGAUAACAAGAUGGCCUUCACCAUACAGAUUGAUGAUGUAGAUAGAAUGCUGAAAGAACAACAGAUACCUAAGGCCCGUUCUUCUUCUUACCACAGCAGAUAUCACAACCUGGACGAGAUCCAUAACAAGCUUCAACAAAUUGCCAACACAAGACCAUCGAUAACACGUGUCUUUAGUCUCGGAAAUUCCUACGAGAGAAAAUCAAUGAAGGCUAUCGAGAUUAAAGGAGCAAAAARAUGGAACAAACCUGUCUUCUUUUGGGAAUGUGGUAUACACGCGAGAGAGUGGAUCUCCCCUGCAACCUGUAUGUACAGCAUUGAACAGAUGGUGAACAAAUAUGGUCGAGACCGCAGUGUAACGGCCCUUCUUGACAAGAUGGACUUUAUUGUAUUACCCGUACUUAACGUGGAUGGAUACGCGUACACUUGGAAAGGAAAAUCUCGUCAAUACCGUAUGUGGAGAAAGAACCGAAGGCCAAGUGGAGGAUGCAUUGGAACCGAUUUGAACAGAAACUGGGGACACAAAUGGGGUGGUUCGGGAGCAAGUCCUCGCCCGUGUGACAGUACGUAUCGAGGUUCUCAGCCAUUCUCUGAAAUUGAAACCAGGAAUGUGGCCAACUACCUUCRAGGUCUUGGAAGCAGACUUAAAGGUUUCAUCGACAUGCAUGCUUACAGUCAGAUGUGGUUUAUUCCAUGGGGCUAUACAUCUAGGAACACACGACAUCAUUAUGAACAGUUUCGAGUAGCUGGAAUAGCAUCAAARGCCAUCCGUAAUGCAGGGUAUUACACAUCGUACCGCCAUGGUUCAUCAGCAGCGUUACUCUAUGCUGCUGCUGGGGGUUCUGAAGACUGGGUCUAUGGUGUUCUUGGAGUCCAGUAUUCGUUCUCUGUUGAGCUCCGUGAUACUGGUCGCUAUGGCUUCUUGCUCCCAGAGAAUCAGAUCAUCCCCACAGGGAUUGAGACCUUUGAGGGUGUUAAGGCCUUGGUUAAAGCUAUGAAUGUAUAAACCAAAUAGAUAUUACAUGAGUAAAAAUUGAUUUACUGGUUGGA